AACAGUUUCUUUCAAAACUAUCAGCCUUUACAUGAUUAUAAAGAAUGCUUUAUAUUUUAGACAGGAGGAUUUAAAUAAAUAAGUAUGUAGUAUGCAAUUAUUAUAGAAUAGUAGAUUAGGUUUAACUUAAACCAAGUAAACAUUUUAAUCACCACAUACAUGGUCUUACAAUAUAAUUGAUGAUUACCACCCUUGAUUAUUUUUAGGUGUGUUAUUUGGGAUAUACAGUACAUGAAUGCAUACUGGAGAUGUUCUUUGUCUGUGUUGGUUUGUUAUUAAUGUUAAAUUAUAUGAGUUUUCUUCAUUUCCAGGUUGAGCACCAAGAAGUACCUUCAAGUCAGGACAAAGUUUAUGUCUUCCUACACAGAGGUGCAGUAGUAGGAGGAAAGGAGGUAUUGACUCAUGGACCACAUUUUGUGUUCAGCAUUGCAAGUUUGGACAGCUUUGAAAAGAAGAUGGCUUCUGCUCAAGCUGAUCUACACAUAGCAUCUCAUGAUUUUGUUCCUGUAAGAUACAGCACAACAAAUGAAUUGCUAUUCACAGCCUUGAGUGCUGCUCUAAGUAUUGCUGUUUUGGGGUUGGUAUGGUAUUGGCUCUUUGGAAGAGGAACAAAAGGAGGAAACAAAUCAGGAGGAAUUAUGGGAAUGAAUCCAUUUGCUAACUACAUCAAAGCUAAGCCAACAGUGGUCAUGCCAGGAAGUGGAAAGGGAAUAAGCUUCAAAGAUGUUGCUGGAAUGGAAGAUGCAAAAUGCGAAGUGAUGGAAUUUGUAGACUAUCUGAAGUUGCCUGCAAGAUAUUCAGAGCUUGGAGCAAAAAUUCCCAAGGGAGCUCUCCUAGUUGGUCCUCCUGGUACAGGAAAGACUCUACUGGCCAAAGCAGUGGCCACAGAAGCAGAUGUACCCUUCCUUACUAUGGCUGGGUCAGAUUUUGUUGAAGUUUUUGGUGGUGUGGGCUCAGCAAGAGUCAGGGAUUUAUUUGGUCGAGCCAGGAAACUUGCUCCUUGUAUUCUUUACAUUGAUGAAGUUGAUGCCAUUGGAAGAUCACGUUCAUCAAAUUCUAUGGGAGGACACAGUGAACAGGAAAGCACCUUAAACCAGCUUCUUGUUGAAAUGGAUGGUAUGAACACAAUGGAAGGUGUCGUAAUGCUGGCUUCUACUAACAGACACGACAUUUUAGACCAGGCUCUCCUGAGGCCUGGACGAUUUGAUCGACUCAUCGCCAUAGACCUUCCAACUCUAAUUGAACGGCAGGCAAUAUUUGAAGUUCACCUCAAGAAACUGUCCCUAAAGAUGCCUGUCAAGGCGUUCUCUAAAACUCUGGCAGAACUCACUCCCGGCAACAGUGGUGCGGACAUUGCCAACAUUUGCAACGAGGCUGCUCUGCAUGCAGCUCGUAUGAAAGAUAAAACGGUUGAUAAGAGAAACUUUGAAUAUGCUGUAGAAAGGGUCAUUGCUGGCAUGGAAAAGAAGACUCAAACCAUGUCUCCUGAAGAACGCCGCAUCGUUGCUUUCCACGAAGCUGGACAUGCUCUGGUCGGCUGGAUGUUGGAACAUACUGAUCCGUUACUUAAGCUAUCCAUUGUUCCACGGACCAACGCCACCCUUGGUUAUGCGCAAUAUCUUCCCUCGGACAACAAACUUUACAGCACUGAACAGUUAUUUGAUCGAAUGUGCAUGGCUCUGGGAGGACGUGCUGCGGAAGCCAAGAUAUUCCGGCGGGUAACUACUGGAGCCGAAGAUGAUCUUCGCAAAGUAACCGACAUGGCGUAUAAACAGGUCGUGACGUUCGGGAUGAACCCUCGUGUUGGGAAUAUUUCAUUUCCUGUCAGAAAACCAAGCGAGCCGACCAAGAAGUUUUACAGUGAUAAACUUGCUAAGCUCAUGGAUGAGGAAGUACGCAUAUUAGUUGGAAAGGCAUUUCAGACUACCAAUUCAAUAAUAGAAGAAAAUCGGGACAAACUGUAUGCGCUUGCCCAUGAACUCCUUGACAAAGAAGUCCUCAGUUACGAUGACGUGGCGGCAGUGCUGGGUCCGUGUCCCCAUGGGGACAAAAGGGUCCGUUCCAACUCACAUGACGGCAAAUCGAAGUCCGAGCCCCUCUUCUCGACUUGAUGACAUGUUCCAACAGUAAACUUUCAAAACCUUCCUUCUUACUGAAGUUCGUGUCAAUAAAAAAGUACACGGCAGUGAAACUCAAGCCGUUAGCUAUCCGUUAAAGAGAGAGCACCACCGUAAAUCAGUUAUAAAAUUCGACUGCGGACUCGAUUGAGUGUCUUAACAUGUCUAACUGUUGUGUAAAUAUUUGUAAAUAAAAUAAGGCAAACCAA